CUCCCAUGCUUCAUAGUAGCUUCCACGCAAAGUGUCAAGUUGUAGAGCUGUAAUAUAGAUUCCCAAAUUUCCGAGUUGCACAAUGAUUGCGAUGGCUGACAGCGCGGAGGAGGCUAAGCAGGCGGAAGGCCACCCGGACUCGAGGGCAGACGGCAUCAGCGAGUCGCUGCGCUCUCUGGACACCUAUGCCCCGGAGUCCACAGAGCCGGCCUUGAGUCCGGCGGACCUUCCUGCCCGCAGCCGGAAGGCCUUUCUGCGGCACAUGAUCGGCCAGCUGGCGGAGCCCGUGCAGAACCGCAUACGGGCGCUCAGGCACAAUCAGCUGCAACAGGUGCGCAUUUCGGAGCAGUUCUUCCGCGAGGUUUACGAGCUGGAGCGACGUUUCUACGGCCAGAGCUGCGCGCUUUUCGAUGCGAGGAGGGAUAUUUUGGAGGGUGCGGUGGAGCCACCAAUCCAAACGGAGAAGUCCUGGCCUGAGGACCCGCAGGAUGCGCUGUAUUUGGACUUUGGCAACAACGAGGAGCUGCGCCAGUUGAGGCAGAAAUUGGCCCCGGUCUCGCCGAGCACCGUGGGUGUUCCACGCUUCUGGCUGACCGUCUUCCAGAACGUGCCCCUGCUCUCGGAGCUGGUCCAGGAUCACGAUGAACCGCUGCUGGAGUGCCUAGUGGACGUGCGCCUGGCCUACGACCAGGAUAGCUACACGGUCCUCUUUCAGUUUCGGCCCAACAGCUUCCUGCACGACUCGUCGCUGCUGCUCACUAAGCGCUACUUCCUGCAGCACUCGGCGGACCCGGAGUAUCCAUUUCUGUUCGAGGGCCCCGAAAUAGUUCGCUGCGAAGGCUGCCACAUCCACUGGCGCGAUGGGUCCAAUCUCACGCUCCAAACGGUGGAGAGCAGGCGAAGGAACAGAGCUCGGCGCGUCACCAAGGUCAUGCCGCGGGAGUCCUUUUUCCGCUUCUUUGCUCCACCGCAGGCGUUGGACUUGUCCCUCGCGGAUGAAACGACCAAGUUGAUCCUGGGCAAUGAUUUCGAAGUGGGCUUCCUGCUGCGCACCCAAAUCGUGCCGAAGGCGGUGCUCUUCUACACGGGCGACCUGGUGGACAGCCUGAGCGCCGCCACUCCGGACAGUCGCUCCUUGUCCUCGGAGGCAGAGGCGGAGGCGGAACAGGAACAGGAUUAGGUUUUGUGAAUGCAAAACGAUUUGCGGUUUACUAAACAAAAAUUACAAGUGA